AUGGCGAAAGUUGCUCCUGAACUAAUUCUCGAUGCUAAUCAACUAUCAAAUACCACCGAUAUUCCACAAAUGGAUCAGACACUACCGAAAGAACUACCUAAACCUUUGGCUGACUUUCAGAAUUAUCUCAAAUCUAAAUGUUGUUACUAUUCAAAACCGAUAGAAAACGGUGAAUUAAUUAGUGUUCAACCAAAAAUAGCGUACCAAUGUCAAAUGAAAAUACUUAUGGAAACAAGAAAAUUACGCACAGAAAAGACGCCCUAUCGUUGGGAUACGGAUACAGUUCUGGGUAGUCAUACAUUAGGACGAUUCUUUGAAAAUACUGAACGUUCUGGUGAAGCAAUGGGAGAUAUAUGGAAUGAUUAUCCAGUUGAUCUUCCAGCUGGUGAUAAAUUUAGUAAAACAUAUGCGUUGACUGAAAGUGCUUCAUACGUAAGGUGUACAAAAUGUCGAGCAAAAAAAAUAGUGGAAUGCAGGAAUUGUGAUGGUGAUGGGCGAAUUAACAAUAGAACACAGUACUGUUCAAAUUGUAAAGGCGCUGGUAAAAUACUUUGUCCUGAUUGCAAAGGAUACGGAGGUUUUCGACAUUUACCAAUGUUAACUAUUAAAUGGUUCUCUCGAUCUUCGACGUGGUUUUAUCAAAACUCGUUUCUGCAUCACAAGAGAAUACGUAAAGGACAACGAACAAUUUUCUGGUCAGCACAACAAGUUUCAUGGUCAAAACAAUCUUCAAUAGAACAUUUUGUACAAACAAUAUUUGAAGAAACACCCGAUAUUCCUUUGAGAACAAAUAUCAUCAAAGAUUAUAAUGAAAAACAUCUCAAUCCGACAAGAAAUAAAUACAAUGCCAUGCGACGCAUAGAUUUUGUAAUCGAACGUCUAGGUUUUGAAGAAAUAAGCUACACAAUGGGACAAAAUUAUAUUAACAAACGAAAUCCCACAUCAGGCAUGAAGUCCUAA